AAAAAGAACUCAGCUCUCAACUUCAUCUCCUUCCUUAGGAAGUUUAAAAAAUGCAAGAACUUAUAAUUGCCAUAUCUUGCUCGAUUUUGGUCCGAAUUGGACGAUUCUUGUGGUCACGGAACGGGGACGGAAAGCUCUAUGCAUCAAUCCCAGAGAAUCAAGACGCAUCGAUGGACUUCGAAAGUGACAUGUUUGGCUUAGUGGGGUUCGGCCAUUAUUUUGAUAUCAUGAAUUGGAUAGCGAAUUUGUAUUUUCUUUCAGGUUUAUUAUGUGGUGAUGUGGUCGAGCUUCCAUCCACUGUUCUGGAAGUCUCAGUUAUGAAAGUUUCUACCCUUCUUAGAGCUGCAGUAGUUAUGUUAGUAGAUUAAUUCGAUAGUUGACUUGACAGUUUAUGUUUUUCAUGUGCUGUGGCAUAAAGAUGUAUUUUUGGAAAAUGGUUUAUCCACAUAUUUUGUAUAUGAUUACAUGAUAUUUUGCACAAGGUGGUUUGUGUUUUUAACAGGUGCAAGUAGCACAGUUUUCAAACGUUAUAUUGCCGAUUUUUUUUAAAAUUUAAGAUUGUUGUUUUGCGAAAAAUUUAUAGUGAAUUUCAGGCUUGCUACGGGAUUUGGAACUACAAUUCCCAUUCCCUAGCGCCGGUCGCGGCCCUCGAUUUUGGGUCGUGACAAAGUUGGUAUCAGAGCAGUUGGUCCAGUUACCACUGCCGGUCUGUGAAAAAUGUCUAUUUGACCCUAGUGACUGAGUCACUAGGUAACCUAGGAACUACUGCAGCAUAGAGAGUCAAGCCUUAAUUGAUUGUGAUUGUCUGAAAUUGAUUGAUUUUGCUAGGUUGUGAUUUUCGAAUAUACUACGGGGAUGUGAGAUUUGUUGAUAUGUGCAUUAUAUUGUGAUGUGCCUAAGUGAUUAUCUGAGUUAUAAAUUAGGCAUAGUUAUAGAACAUGGUGAUAUAAGGGGUUUGAAUUGUACCUUACGUAUUGAAAUUGUUUGAUUUACGCAUGCCUGGGCGACGAGGAACCUGGUGACAUGCUAUAUCGAUCAAGGAGGAAACGCCUCCUAUUUAUCAAAAUGGACUUCUUAUCGAUGCUAAUAGGUCAACUGAGUAAUUUGAGAAUAGAUAUGUACCAGAUAGUGACGAAGAUCAGGACAUGGCUAUUUCACCUGAGAUGAUAGUGAUAGUGAGAGCAACCCGUCCGAAGAUGCAGUAUCGAAGGAGGCAUUAGAGGACCUUGAUAUCGAGGUAUUUAAGGGAGAUCAGUUUUGCGCCGAGAUACAUAGUUAUCGUGCCAUGAGGGAUGAAAUAGCAUGGGGGGAGAGACAGGCUGAGGCCAGUCUAAACAAUAUUCAGGCACAAAUAAACAUUUUUUUUCUAGAGGCAUACGCACUGUGUAAACAUACACUACUAAGUUUCUAUAUAUGGUAGAAGCGAUGCCUAAACUUAAUUGAGGCAACAGAGAAUUUAACCAUAGGUCUAUUCGAGGUUUAGAGCUUGAGUUUGUAGAGUCGUAUGCUUAUGUU